AUGGCCUCAAGCACAAUGUCUUCUCAAAGAUCUGGCUCGUGGACGGCUAAGCAGAACAAAGCCUUUGAACUGGCCCUAUCAACCUAUGACCAGGAUACUCCUAACCGUUGGCAAAAUGUUGCCAGUGUUGUUGGUGGAAAAACAACAGAAGAGGUAAAGAGACACUAUGAACUUCUUGUUCGAGAUAUCAACAGCAUUGAGAACGGUUAUGUUCCAUUCCCAAACUACAAGACUAGUGGAGGCUGCACCAAUGGCAGGCUGAUUCAUGAGGAAAAUAGAGUGAGAAAUAUGAGACUGCAGUGA